AUGCCGGCCGGGCCCUCCUGGCCCGAGGCGGCGGCGCUGGUGCUGCUGGCCCUGGCUCUGCUGGUCACCCUGUGCCGGCACCUGUGGGCGCUGCGCUGGAGCCUCAGCCGAGACCGCGCCAGCGCCCUGCCCCUGCCCAAGGGCUCCAUGGGCUGGCCCUUCUUCGGGGAGACUCUGCACUGGCUGCUCCAGGGCUCCCGCUUCCACAGCUCUCGGCGGGAGAGGUAUGGAAACGUCUUCAAGACCCACCUCCUGGGCCGGCCUGUGGUGCGGGUGACAGGCGCUGAGAACAUCCGCAAGAUCCUGCUGGGUGAGCACACGCUGGUCAGCACACAGUGGCCCCAAAGCACCCAGAUCAUCCUGGGCUCCCAUACUCUGCUCAGUUCCACCGGUGACCAGCACCGCCAGCGCCGCAAGAUCCUGGCCAGAGUCUUCAGCCGUGCCGCCCUGGAGAGCUACCUGCCGCGCAUCCAGAAGGUUGUGAGCUGGGAGCUGCGGGGCUGGUGCAUGGAGCCAGGCUCUAUCGCAGUUUAUUCCUCCGCUAAAACCUUAACUUUCCGCAUUGCAGCUCGCAUUCUGCUGGGGCUCCGCCUGGAGGAAAAGCAGUUCAAGGAUUUGGCCAAAACUUUUGAACAGCUGGUGGAGAACCUCUUCUCCUUGCCCCUCAACAUACCCUUCAGUGGGCUGCGCAAGGGAAUCAAAGCACGGGACAUGCUACAUAAGUUUAUGGAGAAGGCUAUACAGGAAAAACUGCAGAGAAACAACCCAGAAGACCACAGUGAUGCUCUGGAUUUCAUAAUGAACAGUGCCAAGGAGCAUGGCAAAGAAUUCACCAUGCAGGAGCUAAAGGAAUCAGCAAUUGAGCUCAUAUUUGCUGCUUUUUUCACCACGGCUAGCGCUAGCACCUCUCUGAUCCUCCUGCUACUAAAGCACCCCUCAGUGAUUGAAAAAAUAAGGCAGGAGCUGAUGUCCCAUGAGUUGUACCAGCAGAGUGAGUGCUGCCCUGCAGGACCCUGCCUGGAUACCCUGACCAUCCAGAGCAGGGACAGAGAGAAACCACUUUCCCACCCCAUGGCCAAAGACAUUCACAAGGACCAGAGCCAACCCCCAGCCCCAGUGGAGGAAGAUUCCCUCCAGCCCAGUGCCCUGCUGGAGCCCACUGUCCCGCGGAGCACGCCCUGCCCUGGCCCCGGCACCCCGGCAGCACCGGGGCAAAGCUGUCACUGCACCGCAGAGAUCAGCCUGGAGAAGCUGAGCCGCCUGCGCUACCUGGACUGUGUGAUUAAGGAGGUGCUGCGAGUGCUGCCCCCAGUCUCCGGAGGCUACAGGACGGCACUGCAGACUUUUGAGCUCGAUGGCUACCAGAUCCCCAAAGGCUGGAGCGUCAUGUACAGCAUCCGUGACACACACGAGACAGCUGCUGUCUACCAGAGCCCCCCCAGCAGCUUUGACCCAGACCGCUUCGGUGCCAGCCGGCCAGAGGCUGCAGGCCGGUUCCACUACAUCCCCUUCGGUGGAGGGGCACGGAGCUGCAUCGGGAAGGAGCUGGCACAGGCCAUCCUCAAGCUGCUGGCCAUUGAGCUGGUCAGCACAGCCCGCUGGGAGCUGGCCACCCCUGGCUACCCCACCAUGCAGACCGUGCCCAUCGUGCACCCUGUCGAUGAUGGGCUGCAGCUCUACUUCCACCCCUUGCAGCCCAGCCAAGGCCACGAGGCCUGA